UUUGAUUAUUGUUUAGAUAUGGACAUGAUUAGUAAUCUGUCGGAUGAUUUGCUCUUGAAGAUUUUGUCGGAACUUCCUACCAAAGAUGUGGUCGCCACGGCGGUUUUGUCAAAACGAUGGAAGUUUCUUUGGAUGAUGGUUCAUAAACUUGAUUUUGAUGAUAAUUUCAAGCGUUACCUCAAUGAGGGUUUUGUUAAUGAUCCCCCUUCCAAUUACGAAAGAUUUCUUCAGUUUGUUGAUAGGGUUAUGGUGUUUCACAAGGCUCCGGUUAUAGAAACUUUGAAGUUCAAAGUUGGUCUCUGGUGCAACACUGAAGAUAUGGCACAUUGGAUCAGAAUUGGAAUUGUUCGUUGUGUGCGUCAACUUGAAAUUUCCCAUUCUGUUGAAUAUUACGAGGAAUAUGAUCAACACUCGAUCAUAUUGCCAAGGAGUCUGUAUAUGUUUGCGAAGCUCGAGGUCUUGAAACUCACUAAUACUAUUGUUCUGGAUGUUCCUACAGCUGUUUGUCUUCCUUCUCUGAAAUCGUUACACCUUCUGUGCGUAGAGUACAAAACCGAUGAAUGUCAUUGUAGGCUUUUGUCGGGUUGUCCUGUGCUUGAAGAGUUGGUUGUGGAUAAAAGCAGAAACAUCUCUCUGCCAUGUUUCUAUGUUGUAAUGCCUUCCUUACAGAGAUUAUCUAUCCGUGAUACGUGGGUUGACGAUUUUGCUUCAAAAGUUGUGAUAAAUGCUCCGUCUUUGAAGUACUUGAACAUUGUAGAUCCAGCUGGCAAUGAUAUCUCGUGUUUGAGCGAGAAUAUGCCUAACAUGGCUGAGGCAAAUGUUAAUGUUUCUCAUGAAAGCCCUGAUAUGGUAAUGAGAUCUCUUACAUCUGUCAAGCGACUGUCUCUAUGUUUAUCCUUAUCCGCUUCAAUGCUUCAGCAACAUAUUGUGUUUUAUCAGCUUGUUCAUCUGGAGCUAUGUGUAGAUGCUCUAAAGUGGUGGGAACUAUUUACUUGGAUGCUCGAAAGUUCUCCAAAAUUAAAAGUUCUCAAGCUCAUCAAGGAACGCUUGUGCUGGUCCAUGAACCCUAUUGAAGGUCGUUGGGGACAACCGAGAUCCGUUCCUGAAUGCUUGUUGUCCCAUCUCAAUACUUUCGAGUGGAAGUAUUACAUAGGAGGAGAGGAAGAGAAUAAACUGGUGGCGUACAUCCUUAAGAACGCAAGACAGUUAAAGACUGCAUCUUUCUCUGAUUUCGAAGAGAUUUCGAUGAGUAAGUAAACAUCCUGAAGAAAACGCCAACUAAGGAGGAGUUGGUUUCUCUGCCUAGGGGUUCAAGUUCAUGUAAACUUAUGUUCGAUGAGAAGAGAUUGUAAUUAUCUGUUCCAAGAGAACUAGUUAAACUACUAGGAUAUCGUCUGGAAUUAGAGAGAUCCAAGGAAAAUGUAACAGAGUGAUGAUUACUUACUAGUAUUCAAAAUCUGGUGUUUUGUUUGAGUUUUGAACAUCUAAACAUAUGUUUUAAAAGUAGAUUUUGUUCUCA